AUGCGGCGCUUACAAUACACGCCCAUGUCUUCCAGGCGUUUGGUACCCCGACUUCAUUUGAUUUUUGCAAUGAUCAUUUCUGCUUGUGGAUUACUGAUGGCUUGCGGGCCGGGAAGAACAGCCAUCGACACCAGAAGACGCAGCGAUCCGUUGCAACAGAAGGAACGUGUCCCUGAUGUAGAAGAAACAUCGAAUGAAGCUAGCGGGCCUUACAAUGGUGUAGUCAUAAGAGGAAGCGAUGAGUUCAAAGCGCUCUCAGAAAACUACGACACAGAUAUUGUGUUUAAGGAUGAGAAAAAGAACGGAGAUGAAAGACGAAUGACCAAGGUAUAUAUAUAUAUAUAAAUAAAUCCUAUAAUCAUAAUUGAGUAUUUUAGACUGAGUCCAUUCUGUGAACUUAAAAGGGAAGAGUUGCCAAGAUUUAGUGCUGAUUGAGAAUCCAACGGACGCGUUUGUAUAAACCAUGACACUCCCACAGAGUUGGGUAAUGUAAACAUGUGAAUUUCAUUUUGUGAAAAGCUGAGAAACAGAUAGUAUCAUGUGAAAGUACCGUUUGAGCCGAAAUUCAUUUGAAAGGUAAAACAUAUGAUUUCAGUUAGAGUCAAAAGUUAGAACAACCCUGCAUGUAAGCGGACUCCAUCAUUCGCUCUGGAAGUGAAAGUCCCGGGGUGAAAGUAUUCGUGGAAAUCCCUCGUUAACAGAGAGGCUUGGUCCUGCUAAAAUCAAAGUUUCCUUGAAGCCAGAGAGGAUAAUAUUUCUCUUGCAUGAUACUAGUAGACUACAUGAAAACUACUUGAAUUGUCUGAAGACGGGUCGAGUUAUGACAAAACGGGCCAAACGUUUUAAGUUUGCCAACGUCAUCAGGGAAAAAAAUCUCUUAACAAUCAUGAAGUAAUUUUACUUACACCUUGGAAAGUGAAUUUUUGUCUUUUUCCUGUAGUUCAAAGGUCAUUUUGAGGAUAAGCUAGUGUACUUGCACUAUUCUUGCAAGGUUAACACAAAACCUCAGAGAGCCGCCAUUUUGUGAUCAUACCAUCCCUGACGUACUGGGGUGAAACCAAAUUGGGGAAUAUUCUAUCUAUAACGAGCGGAAAGUUAGCCUCUUACAGUACCCGGAAAACUGGGAUACCCAACGACGGCCUUUCUCCCACACACCUUCUUUAGGCUAUUCAUUUUAAAAUCGGCGCGAUAAAUUGAAGCUAGAUUUGUCAAAAACUUCAGUUGCUAACCUCCUGCAGAAAGAUCAGACCAUUCAUGAGAAUUGCGAAAUUAACGCGUCGUUUCAUCAUUCGAUUUCGCGAAUUCACUUCUGCGCAUUAAAAGAAGAUUGUGAGACUUCCUCAACGGUAAAAGGUUCAAUACAUCAUUCACAUUUGUAAUUUUUUUCGCGAUACAUAGAAAGUCCUAAAAUAUACAUGUUCUUGAACAGUUCUAGUUUGUCUUCUUAAUUGUCGAUACGCUGCAAAAUGACAGAAACGAGGGCAAUAAAUACCUUUUAAGACAAAGCUUGUGAUUAAUUCUUUACAAAACGUUCUUUUAGAUUUUGGAAACGUAUUUCUGGUUACGUUAUUGUCUGAUCGAAUUACCAUGAAGUCGAUUACCACCGAGUUCAUUUAAACACUUUUUGGUGUUUCACAACGAUGAAAACACUCCUUCUAGUGUUUAAUAUAGUUUCUCUUGCGCAGCUUGAUAUCGUGGUUGCGAUAGCGUUUUUUUCUUCCGUCUUUAUCACCUUUGUUUCAAUUUGCCCAGUUUUCAAAUGUACGCCAAUUUUCAUGGAGUUGGAUUUUAACGGACCGUGUCUAAGUUCACAAAGACAAUUAUCAGUGCUGCUAUUCUUUGUUCACGCAUUUCAUCAGAAACGUCUCACUGGGGAACUUUGUUACGAAGUAAGUUAAAACUGAGGAGUAGACAGCAAGUAAACGUAUAACCAAAAAGUGCAAAAUGUACCUAAAAAGUCUAAAAGAGCCCCUUUUUAAGGGCCUGAACUAAGAGUCAACGUUUUUGUGAAAAUUGUGCAGGGACUUUAUAGUUAUUCCUCUCAGUUUUAUUACAAGUUUUAGACAGCAGUUUAAUGCUGCAGAACGCAACCGAUUUAGAUUUAAGUGUCUUGUUUAGGUUCAUGGGAAGCCUUUCGCAAAAAUUCCAUCAUAUCGAGGCAAAUCGUUGAAACAACGGCCAAGGAUUUUGCAGGGACAAAUCCGCGCUAUGAAACCGUUAUACUGGAAUUCGCAUUUUACGAAUACAGUGGCCGGGUUGUUUACCAUUUACUUAAGCAAAACGGUUUGGGCAGAUGAUAAGCAAAAUUCAGGAUUGGUAAAUUUUCGUCUCGGAAUGGUGUUUACCGUCUAAAUCAGUUCAAUCAGUUCCAUUUGCCGCAAAAAGGUCGCGAAGGCCUGAAAGUGGUAUUCAAAAAUGCAAAGAUGGCCUUGAAGAAAUGGAACUCGAAUUUCCGUUAGGAACAUUCCAACCAGAAAAACAGAACUAGCUUUUCAGAUAUAACGUUGCUCCUGGAAAUCGUCCGCUGAAACGGUAAAAAAAGUCGUGUUCCGUUCAACUUCCAAACGAUUUUCUGGACACGUUUUGUAAAUGGUGAACAACUAGUAUCUCCACACUAACAUACUGAAUUUUGUUUCACUUACUUUCGCCUCGUAUGGCAUUUGCAGAAUUGUAAGGAGAAGCUUGAUGCUCUUGCCAAGGCAGUAAAAGCCAAAUGGGGCUCUAAGGGAAGCGGAAAAGUUGUCAAACUGAAAGUCAUCAGCGCCUAUGAUACAGCUGAGAAAAGAAGGCAUCACACUGCACAUUCUUUGCACCACGAAGGACGUGCCGUGGACCUAGCAACGGAUGACAGAGACAAAAGGAAGUUAGGCGAACUGGGGCAAAUGGCUUACAAAGCUGGUUUUGAUUGGGUGAAUUAUGCAAGCAAAAGCUACAUCCACGCUUCUGUUAAAAUUGGUAAUUCACGUUAUUUAGACUUGAUGAGCUCUUGGUGUUAAAAGUCGAAAAGCAAAACUCAAGAAACAAAAUUGACCAAUCAAAACAUGGGAAAACCAUGUUUUGAUUGGUAAAUUAAGGUUCUUGAAGUAAAUGCAUUCGCAACUUUAGAAUACAGAAGAAAAAACUGGAACCGAAAUGGGGACCGCAAUGGUUUCUGGGAUCAUUACUGGACUAGGGAACUUAAGGAAAGGCGUUUCUGAGCCGGCGACGCACGCCAACAAGAGGUGGACUUAUCACAUUCUUGAGCGGUGGUUUCGCCCAAAUUUUCAGUCCAACCGGAGAGUAAAGAAGCUAAGCGAUACAAAUUUUAUAUCGUCAAGGCAUGUUAAGAGGGAAAAGGCUUCAUCGCUCAAAAAUGUCUUCUGUCCCAGAAGUCGGCCCAGUUUCCUCGUGCGUGCAGUGGGUGCCAGGCGAGGCUAUUUAGCCAAUGACAUAAGUGAAUUCUCUCCAACACGAGCGCCGACGGGACCGGGACUCAGUGUCCGUCCGCUUAAAGAGGAGUCUGCCUUUUUGGCUAUCGAGUGGAAUAAUUUUUUUAUCAAAAACGCUCACAAAAUAUCGAGAAUUCUUCCCGACUUUAUUUGUAAAAACAACCGAUUUUCUGCUUGUUUUUAAUUUUGAGCAGACGCGCACAGUUACCAAACUAUUAAGUGAUUUUCUAAAUUCUAGGCGACCUUUUUAGGGUAAAAAUCCGUUAAAAAUGGUCAAUUAUACCAUUUUUAUAGGUGUUCGAAAAUCCUAGGAGAGGCGGGCAAGCAAGAAAUUUCACAAAAUGUUUCGAAAAUUCUAGAUCUCAAAUCGUCUUCCGAACAUUUUCCAAAAAUUGACAUUGGGUGCCCUUGGCUAAACUUGCCUGUUGUGCGGUACUGUUUUUAUACUGUUCAUAGUGAUUGUUUUUUCUGGUAUUUUAUAUCAUGCACUGAAAUAUUUGUGUUAGUUAACUGGAAAAGAGAAACAUUCCAGUUUCUUUCAGGCAAAAAGAUAUAUAUAUAUAUAUAUCCUUUUUUUCCCUUCAAUUUUGCAGAUGGCGCGGAGGAAGAGGGGAGUUGCUUUCCAGAAACUUCUUUGGUUCGGCUGGAAGGAGGAAGGACUAAAUCAAUGAAAGAUCUGCAAGUCGGAGACAAAGUCGCGAGCAUGGAUUCCAGCGGUAAAUUAGUCUACAGCAAGGUUGUUACUUUUCUAGAUAUCAACCCCAACAAGCCUACAAAGUAUGUUUCAAUUCAGACUGAAAAUCCCGCUGCUCAAGUCACAAUUACGGGCUCUCAUUUGAUCUAUCAACUAAACAGAACAACGCGCCAGAAGUCAACGGUACACGCACGAGACUUAAAAGUGGAUGACUUUGUUUAUGUGCAAAACGGUUCCGCUUUGGGGAAGUUCACAGUUGGACGUAUAGUAAGUGUAAUGAGAACCCAAAACUUGGGCGCGUACGCUCCGCUCACGGAAACAGGCACAAUUGUAGUGGAUAAUGUGCUGUGUUCGUGCUAUGCUGUGAUUUCAGAUGCUAAACUAGCUCACUGGAGCUUUGCGCCCCUGCGAUUCGCCGAGUGGUUGUUCCCAGGCUGUUCUGCCCACGAUGAACCAGGAAUACAUUGGUAUGCUCGGUUCCUCUACAAGGUCUACACGAGCUGGAAUUACGUCCAGGAAAAAUUCUCGUGAAAAUCCCACGUCUUGAACCUUUUUGGUGGACGCUUUGCGAUUCAAUACUGAAGCUUCCAUGGAAUUUGUUUGUGUAAAACAAGUAGUUUAUGUCUAUCAAUGCUGAAUCGCUUGACUUCACAGCAAUGCGGUUUUCAGUAUCUAACCAUUUUUAUAGAUAAUACAACCCCUGUGUUGUUCAUCUGCGGGCAGAAAAGCAAACGUUUCAGAUAAAAACUCACAGAGAAUUAAUUACAAGAUAUGUCGGUGGGACCAAACUUGCUGGUUAUGUGAACUCACAGAAUAUUGAAUUUCCUAGUUGGAAGAGAACGUUUGACUAUAGAACAAGGUAUUAAUUAAAUGACAUUAUUAAACAUGACUGAUAAACACAAUGUUAAUUAGGCUAAUUAUUGUCAUUUCAGCGGGCCCCCUGAGAGGCCCACUUAUCGGAUCCUUAUCACUUUGUUGAGGAGCCUUCGGGCCGUUUCCCAGCAGGGGACACCUGGUGACGUAUAUACAAAGCUUAAUUAGUCAAGAUACCGGCAAGGCAAAUUACUGUAAUAGUUGUCAACAAUAGCUAACAAUGGGAGUGAAAUUGUUUAGAAGUUUGGAAUAACUGAGCCCAGAGACCGGUCAUCUGAAAACCGCCAUAGGCAGUGGUAGGCCACUUCGAUAGAAAAUUAUGAACAUAAUAUUAUUGUUUUGGAUAUUCAGUGAUGCAAAAAAAGGAAUCUAUAGAAAUCUAUAAGUCGCAAAAGAGCUAUACUAAAUCAUUGCAUCAAGGAUUUCAUCUAGAGACUUAUUAAAGUUAGAACUACAAUGUACAGAAAAAAUAAAUAUUACCGCAACAAUAUACUGCCGUUAUUUUUUACUGACUUGAAUGGUACAAAUCAAGCGUUUCAUCUUUGGGACUUGAAAGUUAGAACCGCCUUGCAGAGGAUAAAUAACUUUAUACGUAAUGAAUAAAGAACACCACUGGAAAAGUACAGCUCGACCCGGAGCAACUCAGUAGCUUAAUUUUGUAAGCUCACUUUUUACUGAGAAUUUCAUCCACAGCCUAAAAAGUUAGAACCAC